AUGAAGUCCUCGAUCUUCGCCGCAGCACUCUCCCUGUCUGCUUUCGCAGCAGGGCUUUCUUCCGAAGACGAUGUUUCAACUAUCAAGGUCGUCGGAGGAGAAGACGCUGGUGCAUCCGACUUCCGCUUCAUUGUGAGCAUUGAGAGCACAAUCGAGGGCGAGGCGGGCCACUACUGCGGAGGUACCCUGAUGAACGAGUGGACUGUCCUCACCGCCGCCCACUGCCUUGUUGGCGAGAACGCCGGAAGCACCCAGGUCCGCGCCGGUCACAGGGUUCGCAACACUGGCGGUGUCACAGUCGGUGUGACCUCCUUCUGGCGUCAUCCCAAAUACAACUCGACCACGACCGAGAACGACAUUGCCCUGAUCGAGUUGGAUGAGCCUAUCGAGAAGACCAAGGACAUUACCUAUGCUACCUUGGCUGCUCCCAAGAACGACCCUAAAGCCGGCCUCAAUGUUACAGUCGCAGGCUGGGGUCACACCAAGGAAGAUGGUGAUUUGGCCGUCAAGCUCCAGAAGGCUUCCUUCGCAGUCGUUGCCCGCGACGAGUGCCGCAAGAAGCUGAAGUCCCCCGUCACCAACGACAUGUUCUGUGCCGGAACCCCCAAGGGUGGCAUCGACUCUUGCCAGGGCGACAGCGGCGGUCCUCUCAUCAACGCCGAGAACGGAAACGUCAUCGGUGUUGUCUCGUGGGGAUACGGAUGCGCUCGCGCUGACUCGCCCGGCGUCUACGCCCGUGUUGGAUACUUCCGUGAGCAGAUCAACGCUGAGGCUUGGUACCCUGCCAACAAGAAGCGAUGGAUGCCUUUCAGCAUGAACAACCGGGCCGUCAAGGGACUUAGCCAAUAA